UUCCUAUGCGGGUGGGGGACGAGGGGGGGAACUGGAUAUAAAAUCCAGGCACUUCCGCCGGAAAAGUUUUGUUGGUUCUUCAAGCUCGUCGUCACUCGUUCACACAAGCCACUCAUUCUUUCCAACCUUCAACUUCAGACUUCACCGUCGUCCACUCGCUCAACGCAAAUACCAAACACAAAACAAAAACAAAACCUCCCCCCAAAACAACAACAAUCAAAAUGCAGUUCUCCCACGUCAUCCUUGCGGUCAUCGCGGCCACGCCUGCCCUCGCCUACCUCGACUGCGGCGGUGGACGCGCUCCCAUCAAGACCACCGUGAUCGGCUGCCCCGGCUACGUCGAGCCGACCACCGCGGUCGCCUACCCCGUCGUCGAGGAGACCCCCGUCGCCACCUACGCCCCCGAGGUGACCACCAGCAGCGUCGUCUACCCCGUCGAGACCCCCGUCGUGUCGUCCUACACCGUCGAGACCACUCCCGUCACCUACGCUCCCGAGGAGACCCCCGUGGCCAGCACCUACGCCCCCGAGGAGACCCCCGUCGACACCUCCGCGCUCGUCGCCACCCCCGUCCCCACCACUUUCCACCCCUCCUACAUCACCCCUUCAUACGUCGCCUCAGUCUCCGCCGCGCCUUCCGCCUCCGGCAACUCCACUGGCAACCCCAAGCCUUCCGGCUCGGCCGUCCCCUCGGCUGUUCCUGAGGGCAGCGCUGGCCAUGUCCUCCCCGGCAUGCUCACCGUGCUCGGUGUUGUCGCUGCUGGUAUGAUGCUCGCUUAGAUAUCUACUGGUGCUCCAGCGUAUUUUUGUGUUAUGAGGAAUGUAGAUAGAUGGCUCUCUGAUCUGGCGGUGGAAAUAGUAAUUGUUAAUGUUGUCUAAAAA